AGAGUAGAAAACGAUAGCCAAGAGACUCCGCUUCAUUUCCUUUCCUUGUCGCUGCUCUCUGAGAGGAAGCCGUGCGCAGGCCACACGCUUCUCACUCCCCCGCCUCUCGUAGCUCGGACGAGCCGCUGUUAGCAGGCAGGGCAGAUAGAGUGCCUCUGUACCGGCGACCAGAGGAAGAAGGAAGAGCGAGAUGGCAGGCGCGUUGGGCGUGAAGGCGACGCCGUUCACGUAUGCGGCGCACGUCCUGGCCGCGGCGGCGGCGGUCAUGGUGCUCGUCUGGUGCAUCCACUUCCGCGGCGGCCUCGCCUUCGAGGCCGUCAACAAGAACCUCAUCUUCAACGUUCACCCUGUUCUUAUGCUGAUUGGGUACAUUAUCCUUGGUAGUGAAGCCAUAAUGAUCUACAAGUCGUUCCCGGGACUGAAGCACGACACAGCCAAGCUGAUUCACCUGACCCUCCACGCCAUCGCCAUCGUUCUCGGCGCCGUCGGGAUCUACUGCGCCUUCAAGAACCACAACGAGAGCGGGAUCGCCAACCUCUACAGCCUGCACUCCUGGCUCGGGAUCGGAGCCAUUUCCCUCUACGGGAUUCAGUGGAUAUUCGGGUUCGUGACCUUCUUCUUCCCCGGCGCGGCGCCGGACCUGAGGCGUGGGGCUCUGCCGUGGCACGCGUUGUUCGGGCUCUUCGUCUACAUCCUGACGCUGGCGACGGCGCAGCUCGGGUUCCUGGAGAAGCUGACGUUCCUCGAGAGCUCCGGCCUCGACAAGUACGGCACGGAGGCGAUCCUGGUCAACUGCACGGCCCUCGUCGUCGUGCUGUUCGGUGCCACCGUGGUCGUCGCCGCCGUUGCUCCCGCGGCUAAGGUGGAAGAACCGGAGGGUUAUGCGCCGAUUCCCGUGAUCGGUUAGUACGCACGUGCUAGUCCAAAAGAGAGAUUGUAUGAGACAUUGGUACCAUGACAUCACGUGUAACCUUGCUUGUGUCAUUCCGUGUAUCGUUGAACCAUUCAGGGCAGGGCAACAAUAGUUCCCUUGCAUCAAACUGUCGCAAGAUUUCGCGUAUGCUGUUUUCCUAGUUUUUGUGGUUAAGAAUCUCUUGUUUCCCAAAUACCUUUUUAGUGAAAACAUAGCACUUUAUUAAUCUAAAA